GAGGGAGGGCGCGCGGAAGGCGCUAGUGUUGUGUUCGGUGUGCGUACGGCCCUGCGUGGGUCGGGAGGUGGUGCUGUGUCGUGUCUGGCUUUUUUCUUCUUACUCGCGCUGAGGACUCCGCGAUUCCACCCCACCUUCCAGGCGCUUUCCGUUGUUGGUCGUGAGCGUCACCUUUGAGAAAGGGCGCCCGCACCUCUCGGCGGGAAAGACCAAAGAUUAGAUUGUAAGAAAAGAAUAUAGAAGCCAUGUUUCGAAGACCUGUAUUACAGGUACUUCAUCAAUGCAUAAGACACGAGUCUGAAACAGCUAGCAGUUUGAUUCUUGAAAGAUCUCUGAAUCGUGUGCAGUUACUUGGUCGAGUAGGUCAGGACCCAGUCAUGAGACAGGUGGAAGGAAAAAACCCAGUCACGAUAUUUUCUCUAGCAACGAAUGAGAUGUGGCGGUCAGGGGAAAAUGAAACAUACCAAGUGGAUUUAGGUGAUGUCAGUCAGAAGACAACAUGGCACAGAAUUUCAGUAUUCCGACCAGGCCUCAGAGAUGUGGCUUAUCAGUAUGUGAAAAAGGGGUCUCGAAUUUAUGUGGAAGGGAAGGUAGACUAUGGUGAAUAUACGGAUAAAAAUAACGUGAGGCGACAAGCAACAACAAUUAUAGCCGAUAACAUUAUAUUUCUGAGUGACCAGACAAAAGAGAAGGAGUAGAACGGACGAUUCUUCUUUGGCCAUUGUUUGACCCUCAUCUGGCUUUUUCUUGUCUGAAAUGUGGACAUUAUGGCUGAAUCUCCAGUAGCCAUCUUGGACCAUGAGACGAUCUUCAGGGUGGAGGACGGAAGAAGCUGGAAUCUGUGAUGACCAUGGAACCGGAUACCAGUCCUGGAUAGUCUACCUCCGGACCUCUUUUGGAGACACAAAUAAACCUCUGCCUGGUUUAAGCCA